AUGCAAAAAAAUAAUAACGAUAAUACUAACGCCAAUCGUAGUGAUCGCAUUGUUUUGAAUAUUGGUGGUGUUAAGUAUGAAACAUUCAGAAGCACACUUACAGCUUACCCAGAUACACUACUUGGAACAAUGUUUCAAGAUAGAAACCGAGAAUUACAGCACGCAACUAAUAAGAACGAAUACUUUUUCGAUCGAAAUGGACGAGCUUUUCAUUAUAUAAUGGAAUUCUAUCGUAAUGGUGAAAUUGAUUGGCCUGUUGUUUAUUCACAAAGCGUCAUUGCACGCAAAGAAAUUGAACGAGAGUUAGAUUUUUUUCAAAUUCCAUUCGCACCUCAAACCAUCGAGACCAGAGAAUUUAGCAUUGAAGAUGCCGCAAGAUCACUGGACGAAUUCACGGAAAUGUUUGUUGCUGUUAUCAAGGAAAUGGAACGACAUUUUAGACGUCGGAUCACCAUUUUGUUCCCGGUUUUCAACUUUUCGUUAUUUUCUGUAGUGCCCGAUUUGACUACCGUGACGCCAAUUGUAAGACCUUAUUGGCAAAUCGGGUCGCCGAUUUCUGAACAUUUUGGUGAAGUGAUUGGAAAACAUUUGAUGCAACUUCGGCCUGGUCUAACUUAUAAAGUUACGUCGACCAGCGUCAAUGAUGAGUAUGUUUACAAGUGGGAGUUACGAAUUCCGUUGGCUUUUGAUGUUAAAAAGGUCAUUGAGAAAUCGUCGUUAUCUUCAUUUCCUAAUAAAACGUGA